AGUGCACACGCGAGAAAGGCUCAGGGCUGGGUCAUAGUUCAGUAGAUUACAAUUUAAAACGAACAGUGUUAUUUCGAUUUAAACAAUACACAGCCGCCUUGAAUAUAGAACUGAUCACGCCUGCCGAAUAGUUUAAAUGAAGACGCUCGGUAGCUGUAGUCAUAUUUACUGUUAUUAAUGUACCGCCUGUAUUCGGAACUUUAAACACCAGAUAUAUUUAAAUCAAUAACUGAGUGAAUGCAGCAGAAUCCUCAACUAAAGUGGAUUAAACGAGUCCCAUGCAGCGCAAGUUGAAUGUAAUUAUUACGUUUAUAACGCCAGUGUUUCUUGUUUUUUUUUUAAAAUCAGAUUGUGAAGGAAAGCAUAUUUUUUAUUUUUUGCCUGAAAAUGUUUCACUGAUCAUCGGCUGUAAGCAUAUUAAGCAGCUUGGCUUUGGACAAUUAAGUACAGCACUGUACAGACUAUUCCGCUUUGUUUCUUUAUAGACCUUCGUUAUUUAGGCCUACGGCAUUGCCGAUCACAUUCCCUCAAGACACCCGAAGCCUUGAAAUGGCAACUCAAAAGGUCAAUCUGUCUAGUCAAGUCCUGGCUUUGAGACGCCGUUCUCUCCCUCAGCUCAGACAGAAGUCCCUCCCGAAUCCAGAGGCGACAGCAGCUCCCCCUAAACUGGUGGGCCAGCCCCCACUAGGGAAAGAAGGGGGGACCCAGAGACGGCAGCCCCUGAAAGACAGGAAUAACGUCCAGAUCGGAGGUCUUGAAAAGCCCUGUUUGGAGAGGAGUGCUUCAGCAGGUGCCCCGGAGGGGAAGCUACUGAGACGGCAAGCUGUUAACACCAGGAGGUUCAGCCUGGGGGAUGGGGAUUUGAGACAGAUACCGAAGCGCAGUGGGGUGGAGGCUGUUGAGAGCCCUCUGGACGGCCUGCCUGCCUGCGGGGAGAAGGGUCUGGAAAGAGAUGGAAGAAGCUUUCUCCCGAUGGAGGGAGGGGUGGGGUGGAGUCCAGGGAGCCCUGCCUCUGGAGGAACGGGGAGCGCUGGCAAUUGCACCUUUGAGAAGGCGGAUUGCGAUGCAGCAGAAAUGCUGCCUGGUUUGGAGAAGGAGGCUCCCGACAGCCCCCCUGUCGAGACGCUCCAGGGUACUGUGGUGCUGAGUGGCUACGAGGAGGAGGAGGCAGAAACAAGCGAAGACCUUCCCAGCGCUGCCCGGGUUCAGUGUAACAGCAUUGCUGAGCAAGUCCUUGAACUAGAAGGGGGCGGGACAGAACCUGAGCUGCACCCACCCCCUAUACUCCAGGGGAAUGAGCAGUUAGCCAGCUGCCGAUAUUUCAGCACCCCACUAGCAGCUGAACUCUCAAAGAGAUACCUGAGCCCUGUCCUGGAGGAGUCUUGCUCUCUAGAUCAUAGGGGAAGGUCUCCACACAUGGUCCCCUCCCCCAGCAAGCACCCUGUGCAAGCUGCUUUAAUAGAAGAGAAGGAGGAGGCGUCAGAGAAAACGUCUGCCCUGUUUUGUAGCUUUUUUGCAGAGGAGUGUGUCUCUGUUGUAAACCAGAUCCUUAGCAAUCCUUCAACCCCAGGAACCCCCUGGAAAGCUGCUCAGCCAGCCAGAGAUGGAAGCAACGUGGACGUUUCUACCAUUGAAGCAGAGCCCCUUCCUUGUGACUGGACCCCCAUGAAGUCUUUCAUAGAUCAGUCUUGCAUCAAUCCUGAGACCUCUGAAAUGUGGGGGGUGAGCCUCCUGGACUUGGAGAACCUUAACUUGCAGCUGGUGGAGCUGAACGAAACCAGGGAGGAGGGAGGAAGAGGAGGGCAGGAGGAGGAGGAGGAGGACGAGAGCAAGGCUGCUGGAUCCUCGCUGCGUGACUCUAUGUCGGCCAAGUCCUACGCCCUUGCGCUGCUGAAACGGGUGCGAGCGCUGAGAAGUCUCUCUCCGUCCUCGCAAGGAAAGACCUGCGAGGAGCCACCUGAGAAAAAGGAGUGCGGGAAUGCCACAGUGCUGCUGGAAAUUGUGGAGGAAGCCGAGGAGUUGUCAGGCAGCGGCUCCUACAGAGCAUCCGGCUCAGCUCAGGAAAGUCUGGAGAAAAAAGAGGAGGGCACCAGCGUCGGGGGUAAUGACACCAUCGAUCUGCCCAACACUAUGGUGGACCUGAAUGCCACCAUUGAUCUUCCCAGCACCACUGUGGACCUGAAGAAUGCCACCAUGGAAUUGCCAAAUGCCACCAUGGACCUGAAGAACUCAGCGGGAAUGGAAGUGGAGCCAGCAAAGGGGGAGGCUGACCACAACCAGACCUGGGAACUGAAGCCUGGAGCUGCAGGCGGAGUGCCUGAAGGAGAGAGGGGAGCCGACCGGGUGGCAGGCAGGGGGCCUCCCAGCGAGAGCACUUUCAGCCGCAGUGUCUUGACCAGCCCUGUGGUUUCCCAGCAGGGCCAGGAUUGCUUCCUGCCGUGGCCUGCGGAUGGCAGCCCAGAUAUAAAGGUCUCCUGCCUGGUCACUUCGACCCCGCUUGCUGGGCCCAAUUUCCAGCAGGGCAAAGCGAUGAAGUGCCUCUCCUUCAACAGGGACUCCAGUGUCUUGUUCAGCAUUUCGAGCGCCGAGGGCAGCAGCAGCAGCAACAAGCCACUCCAAUCGAACGCUCAGCCCAGCACCCUGCCAACUCGAGCCAGCCAGAGCGUCCGGCCCUCCAAUAUUCUGGGGCAGCAAAAGACUCUCCUGCCCCCGUCGGUGACAGGGCUGCCCACUUUGUCUAGAAAGACGCUGGUGCCCCCAUCGCUCCGCUCCACACGGCCCAAGACACUGGUGCCUCCGGGGGCUGUGCAGUCACAACGCCCCUCCCUGGUGAACCCCCGCUUUGGCCUCCCUUCCGGACCAGCCCACCCCAGUGUCAAGAUUCAAAGACUCCCCAGGCCAGCAUCUGUGAAGAAGCCUGAAAGAGGAGGAGGGAAGAACUCCAGCACAGCAGAGACCUCUGCCUUCACUCCAGCGUGCAACUCUGCAAAGCCGGCUUCGAGUGGCCUCAAGCCUCCUGCAGCUGCCGGUACCAAGGCGCUGGGCUCCAGCCUUCCCAAGCCAGCCGUCUCGGGGACGAGGCCCCCCCACAUGUCUCUGCAGGGGCCCAGGGUGUCUGCUGACCUGAAAGGGAAGGGAUUGCGAAAGCCAGGCUCAGUCAGCCCCAGAGGUUCAGCCAUUCCAGGCCCCAGUGGGAUUACCCAGAAGCCCUCGGGGCCUGCAGCCGCCUCUGGGGCGCGGAGACAUUCUGGGAAAUUCCGAGACACUGAGGAAAGCAGCCUUCCAACGGCAAAGAGGCAGAAAAUCGUUCCAGGCUCGUCAAUCCCAAGUGUCUGCAGGAUUCCCCAGAAGUCCACAGCGUCUGCUUCUGCCCCAAGAGGACUGCUGAGGCCUCCUGUGAGACAGGCUGGGAAAUAUCAAAGACUGCAGCAGAGCAGCCUGGUGACUCCAAAGAGGCAGAUAACAGGUCCUACCCCACGACCUGGCAGUGCCAAACCAAGAGGGAGUCCCCUAAAACAAACUGUGGGUCCUUUCACCUCUGCCAACUUCACAUUUGAACCCAAGCAGCGAUCUGUGAGCCCCCUCAAACAAACGGAGGUUACUGUCCUGUCCGCCAACCUCACAUUCGAACCUGAGCAGCCAGACUCCAGUCCAGCAAAACAAACUCCGGAUCCUGCUCCAUCAGCCAGACUCACGUGUGAACCAGAGCAGCCAGCCGUGAGCCCGUCUGAACAAACUGAAGCUCCUGCUUCUCAAGCGGACCUCGCACCCGAACCAGAACAGCCAGCUAGGAGCCCCCUGAAGCAAGCUGAGGGUGCUGCCCCACCUUCCAGCCUGCCAGGAGCCGAGGAGCCUGCCCCACCUCUGGACCCCACCGCUAGCAGCCCAGAACAAGCAGAGGGGUCUGUUCCCUCUUCUGCCAAUGUCACAUUUGAAUCUGAGCAGCCUGCUGUUAGCCCACUAAAGCAAACCGAGGUCCAAUCCAACUGCCCCAAACCUGAACCCGACCAGCCAGCAGCCGGCCCCCUUAAAGAAAAUCAAGGCUGCAGAGAGUGUGAGCGGUGUGCAUGGUACCAGCACGAGAAUCAGACCCUGACUGAGACUAUCCGAGCUCUCCGGGAGAGACUGGCCAAAGAGACUAAUGACUGCUAAGCGGGUGGAUGGAGGAGAGCCCAUACAAAAAGCAGAUGUGUGCUCUGAAAUCGAAAUAUCGUUUUUAAGACCCUUUUUUUUUUUUUUUUUUUUUUUUUUUUUUUAAAUCUAUGCUCAAUGAGAUGUUAAAAAAAAAAAAAAAAAAAAAAAAAAAGUAAUAUAUUUUAUGUAGCGCUGGGCCAUCGAUCUAUUCUUUCUGUAUCUGGAAUGUGAUAAUUGGGGUCUGUUUUUUAGAUCUUAUUAUGCGAGAUGGCCAUCAUUUGUCUUGUCUUAUGCAAUUAAAUGUGUUUUGUAAAUUAAAUAUUUGCACAGUGAA